CGUCCACCCACCCAUCCGUCCCUCCCUCCGCGAGUGGCGCGCUGCACAAUGGCGGCUCCCAGCCUCGGUCCCGGCUCUGGCUCCGGCCCUGGCGGCGGGUCCCAGUCGGCGCACACGGCAGUAAGCAGCAUGCAGGGCUUUCAGAUAAACUUCUGUGAAAAAGCACAAAGUAAGCGCAGAGCACUGAAGCUGAACUUUGCAAAUCCACCUUUCAAAUCCACAACAAAAUUUACUCUAAACCCAACUGGAGUUCCUUUUCAGAAUCCACACAUAGAGAGACUGAGAACACACAGCAUUGAAUCAUCAGGAAAAUUGAAGAUUUCUCCUGAACAGCAUUGGGAUUUUACUGCAGAGGACUUGAAAGACCUUGGAGAAAUUGGACGAGGCGCUUAUGGUUCUGUCAACAAAAUGGUCCACAAACCAAGUGGGCAAAUUAUGGCUGUUAAACGAAUUCGGUCAACGGUGGAUGAAAAGGAACAGAAACAGCUUUUGAUGGACUUGGAUGUAGUUAUGCGAAGUAGUGACUGCCCAUAUAUUGUUCAGUUUUAUGGUGCACUCUUUAGAGAGGGUGACUGUUGGAUCUGUAUGGAGCUCAUGUCUACCUCGUUUGAUAAAUUUUACAAAUAUGUAUAUAGUGUAUUAGAUGACGUUAUUCCAGAAGAAAUUUUAGGCAAAAUCACUUUAGCUACUGUGAAAGCACUAAACCACUUAAAAGAGAACUUGAAAAUUAUUCACAGAGAUAUUAAACCUUCCAAUAUUCUUCUGGACAGAAACGGAAAUAUCAAACUCUGUGAUUUUGGCAUCAGCGGACAACUUGUAGACUCCAUUGCGAAAACAAGAGAUGCUGGAUGCCGACCCUACAUGGCACCAGAGAGGAUAGACCCCAGUGCAUCCAGGCAAGGAUAUGAUGUACGCUCUGAUGUCUGGAGCUUAGGGAUUACAUUGUAUGAGCUGGCUACAGGACGGUUCCCCUAUCCCAAAUGGAACAGUGUAUUUGAUCAGCUGACACAAGUAGUCAAGGGAGACCCACCACAGUUGAGUAACUCAGAGGAACGGGAGUUCUCUCAAAGUUUCAUCAACUUUGUCAAUUUAUGCCUUACAAAGGACGAGUCCAAAAGACCAAAGUAUAAGGAGCUUCUGAAACAUCCCUUCAUCCUAAUGUAUGAAGAGCGAACAGUGGAUGUUGCGUGCUAUGUUUGUAAAAUCCUGGAUCAAAUGCCAACAACUCCCAGCUCUCCAAUGUAUGUCGAUUGAUACUGCUGCUACAUCAAAAUGCUAGAGCAAGUGCUGAGAGAAAGCAAGAUGUACAGAAUCUUCAUCCCAUAUUGCAGCGUUCUAACGCUUGCCCAGACAACUUGUGCGAUAAUGUUGGUGUUUUUCUUUCAUUCUGUCUGUAUAUUAUUGUCACUUAUAAAGUGCAUCCAUGUAAUACCUGAUCACACAGUGUUAGUGUCGGUCAAAGAAAGACCUCAUUUGCUCUUUUUGUGGACAUGUUCAUGAAAUGUGGAAACAAAUGACAUUUAUUUGUUGACCAUGAUUGAAUAGCACCUAAAGUAAAUUUCUAGACUUGGAGACUUCUCAGCAGCUACUGGAAUUAUUUUUAUUCUCUCAAACUCUUCCAAUUGUUGUUACAGAUAAUUUAAAAGAAAGGAUGUUAUGCAUUGUCUGUCUAAAUAUAAAGAGACUGUGCCUGGGGAGAACUCAUGCAGCCAAAUGAGCUGCACCUUACCUUCUGGAACUAGCAAAUAUUAGUGCAAUAGACUAAUUUAUCUGAAAUUCUGUUGCUUUAUGGUCACUGUGUAUGUUUUGAGGACAGUGGCUCAGCAGAACUUCAUGGUGCGGGGGGAUUGUGCUUUACCAAAAUGUAUGCAUUGCAUUGAAAGAGGCUAACAGUUAAAACUUUUAAGAGAUGGAGAAUAAUAUAUUAUUUCCAUUUCCAAGCAAGCCACUUUUUGGUAGGACUAGAUGUCCUAUAAAUUGUUACCCGAUUUUGAUCUGAGGAUUUAUCUAACUGCUCAGUUGAACUUAAUUGGCUUGUGAGCACUGAUUCUAACUGCACCAUGCUUGUUAGCUGGCUCAUCUCCUGAAAUGGCACCAGAGAGCUUGUAGCUGUGGAGAUGAACUGUAUUAUUCCUUAAAUACUUGUAAGUCAUCUCUACCCACCUGCCUCAGCUCUCCAGAGUCCUAAUAUAGGACCUUCCCACAGAGGCUCCAUGUGUGACUUGGAAUCUGUGCUUUAGGUCUGUUAUCUACUAUCGUAUCAAAACUACUUCACCUAUCUCCUGCUGUUGGAUUGCUCAGGACCCAAAAUUACUGCAGAAAAGCUACUAAAUAUGCUUUAUUGUGGAUAGAGUCUGAAAUAUUAUAAAAGUACCAUUUUUAUGAAAAAGCUUUCUUAAAAGCAGUUAAUUGUGAGGAUUAGAAUGUUCAAAUUCUUCCAACUAUUUGCCACAAAAAGGAAGUCGAGAGAGAGAGAGCGCCAUACCCUCCCCCCGCCUCUAAAAUAAUUCCUAGUAUUUAAGUCCCCUAAUCUGCAUCAGGUGAGACUGGUUCCUAAGUUAUGGAGGGAAUAAAGUGAUAUUUUAAGACCUGUCGUUAUUUAGAAUUUCAGUAAACAAUCCCUGUUAUACAUAUACAAGGAGGAGAAUUGUGAAUGAGUUGGUGAUCACAAUAUUUCUUUGCUUAGCCAAUUCAUCUCCUCCUUGUUUACCAGCUUAUUAAUAAGCUCUCUUUGCAAGAAAGUGGUCCAUUAUAAGAACACAGUCAACACUAAAUGGCAUUAAAAUCUAAUGUAGCAUCAGAAUGGGAACUAGCUGGGAUUCUGCAUCUGCUAAGUCUGGGAAGAUGAUCGGACUUGUUAAGAGCCUCCCAACUGCGCAUCCCUCCCGCUCUUUCUCUGUAAUUGCCCCUUGUCACUGUCAAAAGUUGAACAACCAUAGCCCUCUCUUUCUCCUGCUCUACUUCUGUGUAUUUUAACAGAACACUUCCUUACAGUUAAUCAGGAAAUGGAGGUAGCUUCCAGUUCAGGCUCAGUGAAUGACUGAGACAAGACAGUUCUAGCAUAUUAAUCAUAGAUUGUUAUGAUAUACUAUUAAGGGUGCAGCAUUUAUAUUACAGUGUAUGUUUAUAAAGAUGUAUAGUGUUCAGAAGCUGUGAAAAUAGUGUAAGAACUGUACAUUGUGAGCUCUGGUUAAUUUCUUUUUCUUUCUUGUACCAUAGAAAAAAAUGUAUAAAAUUUUAUUGAGAAGCUGAUGUGCAGGGAUAUUGCCUUAUUGUCUGUAAGUAAAAUGGAGUUGACAAUAUAAUGGCUUAUAAGAGCUUCCAGCUAUUUUAUCCUUUCCUGACUUCCUUCUCUUCUAUUUAAAAUAUCCUACAUGGAAUCAAAGUGUUAAUGUAAUAGUUCUAUUUUUCCCCGCCUGCAGGCCAGUUGUAAUAAAUCAAGGA